CUAGUAAUGCUUUAGUUUUAUUCUACUGAAGUUGAAUAUUUUCAUGGUUUGGCAAAGGACGACCUGAGUUGAGGUUUUAUAGCUCUUGUCUGUGUUGAUGCGUAGGCCUGAAGAGCGUGCGCUCAUCCCAAUCGGCUGUAUGGCCUUAUCGCUUUGCUGAGGGGAGGUAAAUACGCGUUUUAGUGACUUGCCAAAGCAGUGAUGAAAAGCCUGAUAGAUCGUUGCUCCGGUGAGGAGGCUACUUACUGUAGCCUAUAUUUGGCUCUGACUGGUAGACGCACCUACCCAGCACUAAGCUCCUCGCAUUCAGCACCUGGAGAAUACGAACCAGUACACUGGGCAUGGUUGGGAAUUUUUAAUGGACCGAUGGCUUUUGCAUGUUGAGGAGUGGGUGAACAGAUGUUAUUAUUUCGCGCAAUGUGUUUAAACGACACAUCACUGCUUUGCGAAUGUUCCACAAUUCAAGUCGAGGACUCUUUACGUUCCUGCUGAUGCUGUUGGAGUGGACCAGACCAGGCCUACCGUCCCCCCUGCGGCCGAUCUGUGACCUGCGGGUUCUAAAACACUUCAUUGAAGAGGCCAGAGAUGCCCAAGCAGCCAUGCUGACUUGUAAAGAAGGAUGUGGUCUUCCAGAGCCCGUCACUGUUCCCCAAACCAAAGUAGACUUCAGCGUCUGGGAGAGAAAAAAUGCACUGGAGCAAGCUCAGGAGGUACAGUCUGGCCUGUGGCUGUUAAACCAGGCCAUUGGCUCGCUACGAGCCUCCGUCACCAACACAGCGUUGCAAAGCCACAUAGACAACAGCCUCAUAAACAUCUUCAGAAUAGGAAAGGUGCUGCGCAGCCUCAACAUCCAGGAGUGCACCCCUCCAGCAGGAGGAGUGCCUGGAGGAGAGGAGACAUGGCGGGUGUCGUCUGCUUCAGAGCUGCUCCAGGUCCACGUCAACUUCCUGCGAGGCAAGCUGCAGCUCUUGCUGUCCAACGCGCCCGUCUGCCACUAGGGCGGCAGCUUAUUGGGGCUCUCCGAGGCGGGGCCGAGUUGAUUGGAGCUUCCCGAGGCAAGGGGUGGGAUCUGACACUAUUGACCCUGCUUGUUGCCAGGUAGAACUCUAAAAGAUGAGUGUGGACCAGAUCUUCACAGGAGAGAAUGAAGCUAUAUGGACAGAACAGUUCCUAUUGGACUUUAAAAGGAAAAGAGCAGGUAGCACCUUGAACAUGGAGAUGAGGGAAGUAUGUGGUUAAGAAAUCACACGCCGAAAAUGAAUGGGGCCUACAGAAUACACAGCUCCACAGCUCUUUAAUGGGCAGUCUUCAGCACUUUGUGUGUGUCUGUAUGUCUUUUAGCAUGAGUGUAAUUCUGUGGCCCCUACUGCAAUGGAAUGUGAGUUCUCAUCGCCAAGCCCGCGUAAUCGACACAGAUUGCACAUGAUGACACCUUGUUGGAGUUCUACUCAACUGUCAUUGACUGCCUAUCAAAUACCAGAAUGAGGGGGCCUCCUAGCCUGUACCACAAACUCUUCAAACACCACCUGCCUCGUUCUUAAAACACAACACUUUUCCAACUGCUGUCUAUCAGUGUCCUUAUAUGUAUUUUAUAUUGCUAAUGUAAUUACUUAUUUAUAGAGAUUUAUAUUUUUACUUUUAAGCUGCAGUUACUGUCAGGACUAUAGUAUUAUGAGAGAUAUACUGUAACUAGGAGCUGGAGACCACAGUUGAGCUCUAACGAUUGACCAUAAUUACUGUAUACCACCACUGAACAUUGUUGUUAAGAUAUUUGUACAAGUCAAUAUCCAACUGUUCACUGUCUGUUACCCUUUGUAGAAGAAAUGAUCUGUGUUUGUAUGUACUGUAUGUGUGAGAGAGUACCUGUAUGAAUGAGUUUUAUACAACUCCUUAUAACCCUAUUGAAUGGACUAGAGGGGGGGGGAAGAAACAGAAGCAGAGGUUCUGUCGGUUGAAGGAGGAAAAGAUUGAGCGGAAGAGGGAGAGGGGGGCUUACGUGAGAACUCCGAAGCUAUGCUGUGAUUAUCAGUGUCUGGUUUAUGCAGACCAGCACUCAAAUAGAGCUUCGACGCAGAUAGCAUGACUGCCAGGAAAAAUAUUGAUUGGUUCUCAUGAUGAACAUCCUGCAUGCCUCUCUCUCGCCUUCAUUCAAGCAGCAGCCAAUCAAGCGCAAUCCUGGGAACCUUUGGAGUCGCUGACGUUGGGGAUUCUUCCAAUUUCUGGAUUAGUUUUUUUCCUCCUGUGUUUUGUUUCCCGUAUUAAAAGUCUUGCAGG